AUGCGUGUAAUAUCACCCAUGUUCUCGCUAGCCGGCAUAGUCGCAGCAUCGAUGGCCACUGCAGCGCCCAAUGUCUCGGCAGGCUGCAGGGCACUGCAGACGCUCCUUGAGAAUUCGCUGUUUUUCGUCAGCAGCAGCGUUUACAAGUACGAGGCGGCAAACUUUUGGUCGAACACGGAGCUGAUGGCUCCUGGCUGUGUUUUCCGACCGCAGUCCAGUGCACAGCUCGCGGAGGGCAUUGUGGCGCUGGGCAAUGCCAAUGCUCAGUUCGCUGUUCGGGGCGGUGGACACAUGGGUAUUCGGGGCUCGAACAAUAUCAAUGGUGGUGUCUUGAUUGUCAUGUCGAACCUGACCACUUUGGAAUUGUCCAAGGAUCAAUGGAGCGAUGUCUACGAAUAUCUGCAGAAGUUCGAACUGACCGCUGCCGGUGGUCGUCUCGGCCCUGUCGGUGUGCCGGGAUUGCUCCUCGCUGGAGGUGUCAACUUCUACGGUAACCAGGUUGGCUUCAGUUGUGAUACCAUUGUCAACUACGAAAUUAUCCUUGCCGAUGGCUCGAUCGUGGAAGCCAACAAGGCGAGCUAUCCAGAUCUGUUCUGGGCCCUAAAGGGUGGAAGCAGUAACUUCGGCAUCGUCACCCGAUUCGACCUGGAGACUAUCAAGUCACCCAAGGUCUGGGCUGGUUCUCACACUGUAUCUGCUGAGUACAUCGAUCAGUUCCUGGCAGCUGCGGCGACCUACGCAUCUGACAUCCACGACCCCAAGACGCACAUUGUACCGGCUCUUGUGUUCGGAGAGCCUAAUCUCGCCUCGGUAAUUUUGUUCUACGAUAGUGACACCAUCAGCUACCCUGAUAUAUUUAAACCGUUCACCGAUAUCCCAGCUAUCAGCAGCAUCCUUGGCUUCAAGACGGUCGCCGAGUUUGCCGCUGAAACAGCCGCAGUGGUGGUUGAUGGCAUCAAUGACGUAUUCGUCGCCGGAACCGUUAAGGGCACAAGCUACAAGGAGCUCCUCAGCGGCAUCAGCAUCAUCAAUCAAACCUUCUUCAACGAGCUCCCUAAGCUGUACGCGCAGAUCCCUACCGCCAACAUCUCCACUAUCCAACUGGACUGGCAACCUAUCGGUGCGGACUGGAUGAAGGCCUCCGAGGCUCAUGGCGGAAACGCUCUCGGCUUGGACUCCUCGCAAAUUUAUCUCUGUUACGCGGAGGUGGUUGAGUGGAUUGGCUCGGCUUAUGAUGAUGUUGUCGCUUCCUGGGUCGAAGAGACGACGUACAAGAUUAACAAUGCUACCCAGAAGGCCGGUCUCUACGAGGCUUUCAACUACAUUGGUGAUGCUGCUGGAUUCCAGUCUAUCUUCCCUGGCUAUGGUGCUGAGAACCAUCAAAAACUCCGCGAUAUUGCGAAGAAGUAUGAUCCCCAGGGUGUCUUUCAGACCCUUAUGCCCGGUGGAUUCAAGGUUUAG